AUAGCGUGACGGUGACUCCAUGCCGCCGCCGCGGGGUUUCCUAUCCUUCGUGGCGGUCGCGUUGGUCCUGAUUAUGUCGCCCAUGUUAUUUAUGAGGAAUCCUGCUGAAACGUAUAUGAACCUUUUGGGAACGCGAGGCUUACGGCGGGAGGCGAAGAUGUCAAUACCUUGGGUGAUUGAAGGAGAACCAAGGGAGCCAGCGCAUGUGCGGGUGGUGAUACGGACUCACGCACGGGAACAACUCCAGUUGCGAUCUUUAAUUUACGGGUUGCGCGCGCAAAGCGAGGGACAAGCCGGUUUUAAGGCAGAUUUUGUGCUGGUCCCAACGGAAUCAGCUUCGUUGCAAACGUAUCAACGACUGUGUAACGAUGAAUGUGGGUUUUGAUGACCUCUACCUGGUGGAGCUUCCAGACACAUUUUACGAAGAUGUCAAACUCAGAGAUAGCCGCUUGACCUGCACCGACGCAGUCCGAACACGAUACGUGCAAGAGUUCAACGCGGAUGAGGUCCACCGAUACUGCGAUUUCGACCACUACGUGUACUAUGCUGCCACGGACAAGGCUCUCGCGACGUUUGUGCUGCCUUGCAGAAGCUGUACGCAUGUUCUGGUUACGAAUGGGGACAACGGUUACGCCCCUUCCUUUUUGCAGGAGACGGUACGGCAGUCGGCUGACCUGGCCAUCGUGGGGUUUACACACCGGAAUCAAGCCCAGACCCCGGUCCUGGGAGUCGGAGGUUUGGAUUUGGGUGCUGUUUUGAUGCGUGUAGGGGUAUUGGACCACGGAAGGAGACUUUUCUUGAGCUCUUUGCCUGUCGAUGCUGGGCCGAAGGAGGUGCACGAUGCAGACUAUUGGAUGGUGGUCAACGCCUUGGAGCGGGGCUUGAGCUUUGCCGUGUGCAAAAACCAGCUCCUCAUGUAUCACAACUGACUGAUGCUCGAGCCGCGAUUGGGAAGAAUUACAACACCGUCGAGACUUCCUGUAAGCCAGGUUAUUGUGGCGGAUUAAUUCUCUCCGGAGUUCUAGGGAGGAAUCUAAAGCAAUUUUGUAUCCAAUUGUAUAGUUUCAUUUUGGAGCCACGGAUCCUCGUGUAUCCCUUGACAAGUGUUUGUUCUGAGAAAACUGACACGUCCCCAAAAU